UUUUUCUACUACUGCGAGGUUUUACGAGAUUUAGCAUGGCGGAAGUCGGCAAAGCAGCUAUUCAAGAUGUUUGUUUUUUCAGUGGUAGAUCUAUAUGAAAAUUAUUAUUAACUCGAAAGCCCAUCAUGAUCCCAAAGAUUUAGACAAACAGAUGUCCUUACUGUGGUUGCUGAAUGGAAGAUGGCAAGUAGGGCCACACAGAGCCCCUCUCGUAUUCCAUUGCCAGUAAAAAGUACUGGCCCACAUGUCACUGCAAUUUAUGUAAAAGAUUUAAAUGAAAGUGACAGUAUCUCACAUUCUCCAACUUCUGUAACUCAUAACAAGGAAAAUGGCAAUAUUAGUGGAGAAAAGCAAGAGUAUUCACCACCAAGUAAGACAGGAAAGGGAUUUGAGACCUUUCUUAUGACAGGGGACAUGAUAAUUCGUACUAACCCACCUGUUCCUCAAAAACAUGUUCAACAGGACCAAGACACAAAGUCUAAAGAAAGUCAUAUUCCAAAGCUAAUACAAAUUGAUCAAAAAUCACCGCAGCAGCAAACAAAAGUGGCAAAACCACCUCAGCAAGGUGUUAUCUCAUCACCUAAACUCUCCUCUAAAUUGCCAGGACCAAUAAAGAACCAGCAGCAAGUACAUUCUUCCUCAUCUCAUCCAAACUCAUCAUUGCCCCAUCCACCUGACAUGGCAGCUACAGCCAGCCAUAUUAGAGACUUCCCUUUGAUUCAUGCACCUGUUGCAGAGAUUGAGGAACUCUCAGAUCUGUCUCAGUCCUCCUGUUCUGAAAGUGAAUUUGGUUUUGGGAAUGACUCAUCGACCCCACCACAAUGUCUUCCUAUUAACCACCAUGCUGAUUCUCGUUUACCCUCAAAACCCCAAGAUGGCUUACAAUUGGAAGAAGCAAUGGAAAAAUUAGGUAACCUGCAUGCGUCUUACGCUGGCAACAACACAAGAUCAUCUGAUCCUUCAUUUACUGAAGCCCCCAGUUCAGGGGACAGUGGCUGCGUCCAUGACGGCCAUACUGUUGAUGCAGAUUUUAUAAAUGAAAGGGAUGGCAAUCUGUCAAAAGAUGAGAGCUUUGUAUCUGAUGAGACCCUCACAGAUAAAGUUGUGUCUGAAAAUUCUCUUUCUAAUGUAGGACAGUCUCCGAAUGGCCACAUUGAGAAUUCUAGACAAACAAUUGUGGCCAGCAGCAGUGGGGAAAAGUUUUCUGUGCACACUGGGACAGAGAGGCUUUUAGUUAGAACAAGUAAAUCUCAUGAAAAUUAUUUGCAGGCUGGAACUGGUAUUAAUCUUGUAAGUAUAGACAUAGAAGAUAAUCUAGCCUACUCACUUGACACUCUAACUUACCACGAUAGUCCAAAUUCUUCCUUAGAUAAUGUAUCAUCAGAACCAGUACAGACUUCCAGAAGUCUUGACAAUUCUCCAGAAAAAAAAUCUGAAAAGUCCCUCGCUGUUGAACGAGAAUUUAUUCCUGGUUUUAUUAGUCUUGAGGAUACAAAGCCAAUCAAACUAAAAUUAAACAAACAGAAAGAUGAUGGUUCUUACCCAGAGAGUCAAAGAUUUGAAAUGAAUAACUCUGGGAACUCUUCUCCUGUGCGGAGGCUGCAGUCAUUGAAUAGGGAUGAUGAUAAGUCUAGUGGAGAUGGGUCUUUUGAGUCAUCUGGUCAUGACUCUCAUCACCUGAAUGUGUCAAGUGAUGAUUCUGACACUGAUAGCUUGUAUCACCAGCCCAGUAAAGCAGUGGACAGACCCAGUGCUGAAAGGCUUGCCAAGAGAUUAUUUAACCUGGAGGGAUUCAGAAAGUCUGAUGUCUCCAGGCAUCUUUGUAAAAAAAAUGAUUUUAGCAACCUUGUGGCAGAGGAAUAUUUGAAAUUUUUUGAUUUUCGUGAUGACACUUUGGAUUUGGCCCUACGUAAAUUUCUUACACAGUUUUCUUUAUAUGGAGAAACACAAGAGCGAGAAAGAGUCUUGUCACAUUUUUCUCGUAGAUUUAUGGAAUGUAACCCAGGAUCUUUCAAUUCAGAAGAUGCAUGUCAUACAUUAACAUGUGCAAUAAUGUUACUUAAUUCAGAUCUUCAUGCACCGAAUGUAGGAAGAAGAAUGACGUGCCAAGAGUUUAUAGAAAAUCUUGCAGAACUGAAUGAUGGAGAAAAUUUUUCCAAAGAGGUUCUAAAGGCUAUUUAUCAAGCUAUCAAGAAUGAGCCUAUAGAGUGGGCUAUAGAUGUUCUUCCACCAGACAUGGAAGGAAAUCAGUUACAAGACCAGAUUCAAGCAAUCCAACCACCUUCCCCACAAGCAUUAGGCAGUAAUCCUUUCCUUGAAGUCCCAGACCCUAACAAGACCACAGAAUAUAAGAAAGGUUAUGUCAUGAGAAAAUGUUGCAUGGAGCCUGACAGAAGAAAAACUCCAUUUGGAAAAAGAGGAUGGAAGAUGUUAUAUGCUGUUCUUCGUGACAUGAUUUUGUAUCAGUAUAAAGAUGAGCAUCAGUUAAAGAAAGGUCAUUUUGUUGAAAGUUCCCAUAAUGCAAUUCGAAUACACCAUGCUCUAGCCACUAAAGCUGCAGAUUACACUAAAAAACAACAUGUAUUUAGACUACAAACAGCUGAUGGAGCUGAAUAUCUCUUUCAGACAGGGGACAGUAAAGAACUCCAAGAAUGGGUGGACACUAUCAACCUUGUUGCAGCAUCUUUGUCAGCCCCUCCUCUACCUGGUGCUGUUGGCUCUAAAGCCAAAUUUCAGAGGCAGCUUUUGCCAUCAGCGUACACACGUUUAAAUUUAAGAGAACAGUUACACAGUCAUGAAACAAAAGUACAGGACCUAGAAGAAGAGCUUCAUGGACACAGGGCUGCUGCACCAGAGAAGGGUGCUAAGGCUUCUGUUAUACAAGAUUAUUUAGACAAAGAGAUUUAUUUAGAAUAUGAGUUAAAGCGGUUCAAGACCUAUGGUUACCUGUUGUUAGGUAAACUGUCAGCAUUUCCUGAACUUGAGCCGUCAUUAGUAGAAACAACAAUUGGAGAGUAUGAGGAAAUGGGAGCCGGACCCUCCCGUGCGACACCUCUACAAUCUGUUAUUAUCCUUGGAGGGAAACCAGGCCCUAAUACCAAGCCAGUGCAGCGGAGCCUGUCUGAUAGAUUUGCCAUCCAAAAUUAGAAAUGUUUUUCUUUGAGAUGAUUUGCCUAAGCUCUGCGUUAAGAAUGAACCAUAAAAGCUCCCUACCCUGCUCCUGAUUCACCACCCUACCUUCUGCACCAGCCAGUACAAAAUCCCUUUACUCAGUUCAUAUUUUAUUCUUGUAGCCUUAGUUCAUGUACAAUCUAAUAUCUAUUUUUGUGUACAUAGUUUAGAAUAACCUUUUAAAAUUGAGAAGUAAAUGAGGUGGCUUUUUUUUCAAUUGUAAUUUUGCAUUUUCAUUAAACCAGUUCUCAUAAAUCUAACAGGUGUAAUAUUUUGGUGGUGGUGGAUAAUGGAAAUAAAAUCUUAGCAUUUCUUUUGCAUAUCAAAUUUUUACUUGUUUAUAGUAUCCUAUCAUUAUAAAAAUAUUUAGUAGUUAAAUAUAGUGCUUCUGGUUUUGUGCAUCUAAUUGGUUUCAUAUACUUACAUCUUCAUCAGAAUAUCUUGAUGCAAGAAAAUCUUUUGCUUUUAGUUGUCUAUUUGUUCUUUAUAUUCUGUGAGAUUGCAGCAGAAAUGGCCACCUUGAAUGCUAGAGCUGUUAAAUCCCCAGGUUUGCAUUGCUGACACUGUGUUCAUAAAACUACUGACAUAUUAAAAAAAUAAUCUUAUAGUUCAUUUUCAACAAUAAAAAUGUAAAUACCAAGAGAGGAACAUGUAUGCCACUAUAAAAAGCAUGUGUUGGUUUUAGUUUCAGCUCAUUUUACUAGCCUUCUGAGAUAAAAAAAAAUGUAGGCCUCAACUACUGCAGUUUAUCAUUUUUUUUUUAAAUUAGAUUGAAAAAUAUACUUCUCUAUGUAUGGUAGAUGCUGUAGUGUCUAAAAGACUGGUGUUUAUUGUUUUAAAAUGAGCUAUAAAAAGCUAACUCAGUGAUAAAUAACUUGUUUACAUUUUUUUUCUCACAUUUUUAAUUAAUGGUUAAGUAAAAUCGGCAUUAGUCUUAUAGCCAGCUUCCAGAAUGUACAAUAUUUUAUUACUCUUAUUUAACAUUAGAAUGUUAAUUUGCUGAUUUUCUAAACAUAAUUUUUAAAAUAACCUUUGAACAUAUUUUAGAUUGUACUAAUAGCUUAAAAGUAAUCUAUCAAAAGAUAUAUGAUUCUGAUAUUGCAGAAUAACAGACACAAUAACUUAAAUAGAAUUUUAUCAACUUGUGCUUAAGUGGUAGUUAAUAUUAUAUUUUACGUUUACUUUAAACUAAUAUAAUUUAAAUUAGUCCUGCUUUAAAUUAUCUGAGGAAAGCUUUGUAAUAUUGCUUUUGGCUAAAAUUUAGUCACUACACAUAAAUUACAAAUUUCAUUCAUAAGCAAUAAUAUGUACAUAACCAUUGUUAGGUGCCACAUUGAUAACUGCUUACAUGUGCAUUACCAGUCUUGGAAUAUGUUUGCACACACAUGGCUUAUUUGUGGUUAUUUUUUUUAUAAAACUUAAACACAGUUAUAUGAAUGGGAGUAGAUCUUAAGAUUUGUCUUGUCAGCAUUACUUGGAAGAAAUUUAUAUUUUUAUUACUGUUAGCUUUAUACAGAUUAAUUCUCAACAGGAUUUCAAUACAGAUUUUUUUUUUAAAACUUGUGCAAAUACAUUUGAUUUUAUUUUUGUCUGUUUCCUUGAAGAAGUGACCUUAUGCUCAAUAUGCUUCAAUAACAAGUGAACAUGAAUGAAAUUAAGGAGAUUGAUAACAAUCAUUGUCUGGGUUUUAUAAGAUGUACAUUUAAUUUUAAAAGCAAUUCAGAUUUUUAUCAUCUGCUUAUGUAUGUAAGAAGGUUCUUAUUAUUGUAGUUUAUUAAGCUAUGAAAGGUUUCUAGCAAGUUCAAAUAAGUUUGUUGUUUUUAUUAACUGACACAUUUUGACACCAUGAUCAAUCAGUAUCUAAGUUAGUACUUUAAGGUAUGGAUUAUGGUCAACAAUGCUGCAGCGAGUAAUAACUUGAUUAUGGUAUUCUUCAUUUUCUGAGACUAUAAUCUGUUUUUUUUUUUUUUAAACCAAUUAUGUCAUUUUCAUUUUUAAAAAUUACAUUUUCAUUUGAUAUAUUUUUCAUACUUCAUUUUGGCAUUCGUCACUACAUUUUUUAUUCAUGAAAAAAAUGUGUAGUUUUAAAAAGUGUUUUUGCCAAGUGAACCUUUAACUAAACCUUUUUGUUUUCCGUUUUGUAAAUUAUUACUUCUUAAAAGUCCCAAUUGAAAGAAAAGGACUUACAUAUUUUUUUAAAGCCCCAUGUGUCUGUCCUUAAAUAUUUGUAUAUAUUUGAGAAAAAGUGAUAUACAAGAUUUGCCAUUAUGAGUUGUCUCAAUGAUCUUUUUAUAAACUUGGAUCUGUUUUAUUUGUUUAGAAACACAGCAUGAUACAUUCUGCGGGGGAAGAGCUUUAACUCUUCAAUACAUUCCAGAGUAUAGUAUAGUGCAACUUGGACUAAAAGAUGGCUUGAGUAUUUAUACCAAUCUUUUGCCAGAAUCAAAUUUUUUUCUGAGACCAUAUGCUAUUCUCUGUUCUGUAUAUCUAAAUUACAGUAAGAAACACCUAUACAGUAUUCAGUUUAGAUGCAGAUAAUGUUUUUUCAAAAGAAAAUCAAUUUAUUUUAAAUGAUUGGGGGGAAAAUGUGACUGCUGAAAGAAGCACUUAGUAUGGAAAGUUAGUAAUUAUUAUUUGCACAAAUAGUUUAAUGUAUGUGUAUUGAGUAUGAUUUUGUGAUAAAUGUUGUGAAAAUUAUAAAUUUGCAAUAUACUUAGCUAACUGACAUUAUAUCAUGAAUGUUCUUUUAUAAAUCAACACAAAUUUCAAAUUAGAUUAUAGUUAGUCUACAUGAAUAAAUUACAUAUAUAUUAGCCUCUUGCACACCUAGCUGGUACAACUAUUCAUAAAGCAAAUGUGUGCAUUUAAUCUUCUAAUAACUUGUGUAAAAAUAAAUGCACAGUACCUGAAAUAUUAUCUUGUGCAUUUUAUUAAUUCUCAUGCUAAGUACUGGAGAGAAACUAAAUUGGACUGGUAAGGACAGUUUUAAGAACCUUAUUUGUAAGUGGUGUGUUAGUUGAGAGAAAUAAGCUUUUGGAAUAAAAGGAUUGUAUAUAGCCAUUGCUUACUCUAGUCUAAUUUAAGUAUUUAUCAACUCUUUUGUGCUUAUAAUUAUAAACAAAUUAAAUAAAUUUUUGGAAUUCAUUUCAACAUUAAACAAUGCUGUAAUUGUAAUAUAUAGUUAAUAAUGUAGCUAAAGCUUAAUUAUUAUUUAGCUACGCCUAAUUAUUUAUAGUAGUACUUUUUUAAAUUUUAUUUAAGUAGACUGAUCUGGAGAAUUAUAGGAAGUCUAACAUCAGGCUGUGGAGUAGUGAAAAAAAUGAAAAUGACUGUUGAGUAGGACCAGCAACCUUUGGGAGUCCAUAGCCAUUCAAUUAAUUAUUUAUUUAAACUUUGUAAACUUCAUUUAAUUUUGGGUUUGGUACAUUACAAAAUAAUUUUUAAACAAAACAUAACCACAUUUCUUUCUCCAUUUUGUUUGCAACCAAUUGUAAAGUGUGAUGAAAAGAGCUCCAUGAAUUCAAUAAGAAAUCUACUGGUUGACUGACACUGAGUUCACAUAACAAGCAUAUCAACGCCUAAAUUACUAUACUUGUAUUUAAAAUACAAGCAUUUGGAACAUGUUGCCGUUAACAUAAAAAGUGUGCUAUUAUUUUUUUCUACUGAAAAACAAAGCAUAUCAGUAAAGUAUCUUUUUUAAGGUCAUAUUUCUACUUUCAGCUUAGUUUUUUUUUUAAACAGAUGACAGGUAAUAAUUACUUGUACAAAGUUUAAAAUCCAAUUCUAAUUCUUAGAACAAAUUGUACAAAAUUGCAUUUAACUAUUAUUCUUUUAAGUCUUCACAUGUUGUAUAGUUAUUUGAGUUCCUUCCUAAAUUAGGCUGUGACUGCUUUAUUAUUUGCAUAAUGUUUUCUUGCUUUCUACUUGAAAUGUGUUCAGUCAACUUUUUUUUAAGCUUUCUUUUUCAAAAGAGUACAAUUUUUGUCAUUCUGUAUAUUGUUAUAAGUUACUUUUGGAUAAUUAUGAAAGCUUAACUAUGAGAGAACAUUUUUGUAGACCAAUAUUUGUUACAUGUUACAUGGCACUACAGCUUGCCCCCCUCUUUAUUUGUUGUGAAUAUUUACUUUUUAUAUGUAUUUGUACAGAAUUAAAGAAAGAUGGGGCUACUGUUGGUCAUAAAAGAAAUAAAGGUUAGGCUUUGGUUCACCUCUUUUAGAACAAGUUUUUCUAUUGAACAUCUUGAACUGUAUGUAACCAUAAAAAAUGUCUGUUAAAAAUUGAUGUUUUUUUAGGCUGUUUUAACAUAGUAACUCAUCAACACAAACCAAAGGAAUGGAUGGAUACAUAUAUAUAUUGAGAUUUUUUUAUGACCCAGACAUUAGUGGGAUGUUGUUUAACCAAGUAGGCACAUUAUUUUUAAAGGGUAACUUCAGUUGUGUUUAUUUAUUUUCAAUAAUAGAUCUGAUGAAAGGAGUGCAUCUAGGGCAGUUAGCAUAAUUGUGCCAUUGUAUACUGUGUGGUAGCUCCUUCUCUUGGUUUUGUGUGUACAUAUCUACAUUAUAAACACAUAGUGUGGAAUAAACAUACUAAAAAACUAUAAGAUUUUGUUUGUUAAUAUUAAUACAAUUUUGUCAAAUGAUGUUGAAUAUUUUAAUAAAGCUGGCACGUAAAAUGUUAUUUCUAAAGCAAUUACAGGCACCUUAAUACACACCUCUUCUUAUUGUAUUUUUCCUAAUCAGUGGUUACUUAUUUUUAUCAAAAACUUUGUUCUACAAAAGUUCAUAAAUAUCUUUGUUAUACACAGUAAGAUUUUAUCUUAUGCUGCAGUGUGAAAAAGGUGAGUUUAUUGUUUAUCUUUGUACCAGUUCAAAACAAAAUACUGAGUUCACCCUACUUGUUUUAAUCACCAAAACUAGGAUUGGAGUUUAUAUAGCAUGCUGUUUGUCUGGGAAUGGUUUGGCGCACAUUUUUUCAUAACUUGCUUUGCACCUACCUCCUGCUUGAAAUAUUAACGUUGAAAUAUAUAUCUGCUUUUAGUCUAUGCUACUCUUGUCUGACUUUUUUUUAAAACGAAUGCCACCCACAUAAUCUAAGUUCCCAUGUACUUUUAUAUCACAUGUUUUGUUUAACACCAGUCAUUUAAUUGUUAAAUAAAAAAACAAUUAUUUGUAUUGUACUAUUAGCCUACGUUCUUGAUUCAUUUAGCAUACAGAAUUAUUAAUUACAGUUUAGAAGCCUCAAUUUAUUCUGCAAUGACAAAGUUAUAAAUUGAUCUUGCUUCAUUCUAAUAUUUCAGUAACUCCACUGGAGGAUCCCCAUCACUCAGAAGAGCUAAUGUUAUCAAUCAACUGACUGAGUGUACCAAGCUAUGAUACAUCAUCAAUUUGGUGCUAUUUAUUCAGUAUAUAUUGUGAAGUUUAUAAAGCCAAUCGUUGGCUAACAAGAAACAAUGCCAUUAUUGACUUGGUAGGGGGGGGGGGUGUUGAAAAUGUUGGUAAAUAUUCUCCUCCCCCCCCCCUUAAAAAAAAAGAGCUAACACAAUUAUUUUAUCUCACCUUAACCCUUUGAGACCUCAAAAGUCAAUCACAAUGCCAUUAAAUUGGGAAUUGCUAAUGCCAAACAAAGGCUAAAAUAAGAUUUUUUACUUGUACUUAAACUGACUGGUAUUUGCCAUUUUAUAAAACCAUACCAUUGAGAACAAAUUUUAAUAUUUUGUAGCGUAAUUGUAAAGUUGACAGUUAAUAUUUUUGUUCCAUGCUUUAUUGGAACAGGGUAACAAUUAAUGCCUGUAUCUUUACAAUACAGUGCUGUAAUUUUUUUCUUAGAAAUAAACAAAAUCAUGCAAGGUUAUGUAUUCAAUAUUUUAUCCAAAUGUAAUGUUAAAUUAAGCAGUGGAAAGAUGUGUUAGUGCCAUUACACUGUUUUGUAUACUUCCUUUUCAUUAAAAAUAUUACCAGAUAUAAUACUUUAUGUAAAUAUUUAAAUGUCUCAGCAGUUAAAUAAAACGCCAUUUUUCAAC